AUGGCAUCCACAGGAGGUGCGUGAAACGAUGCACGCCGGUUAUUGUCCUACGCACCAGCCGCUCGGCAUCUGACAAUUCGUCCCUUUGCAUGCUUGAGACAGACUACAUCUUCUUGUUCUUUGUGCUGGCGGUGGUCGGAGGCAUUUUCUGGAUUGUCAAGGGGCAACAAGUCAGCGCUUCGAUUGCUAAGCAGAAGCAAGGUCUCAAGGUGAGUGUUGGAGAGGUGAACAGGUCAUACUUGCCACACGCGUUGGGGAGGAAAGGGAGGGCGGCGCAGGCAAGAGUCUGGACAGUAUGCCCUCGAAAGCAAAAGAAGAAGGGAGAAAGUACAAGGAGACAAUCUGAAUACUGGCAAGGACGAGCACCGCAGCACGUCAGGAGCUGGGCAUACAUGCGGUGCUGAUCACCUUGUGUCGCUCCUCGCGCUCCGAACAUAGAGCCGUGGCUUGGACUUUUCUGGCGAUGGGCUUUCUGUCAAGACGAACAGGAGGCAGAUGUCGCAGCAGGAGUACAUCGUGAGUUUGGAUUGUCCUUGAGAUUUGGACGAACAUUUGAACGUGUUUGGAUGAGCGGGGACGCGAAGCGACUUUGAAGUCAGGCCGGUCGACCUACAGGGCUGCCAUCACGCCACUUGGAUCCCUCCAUUUCGUCCUUUCUAAACGUAGCUCUCAAGUCGCUAGCCUGUCAGCGCAGCACAGUCGCUAAUCGCCUCGUGCCUUUCGUUUGCGCGACGCUACCUUUCGCAGGAAAAAUCGCAAGCCAGUCUAGCCAGGACACAGGAAAGAGCUGCGAAGCACAAGAAGGCCUUUGGAUUCAAACAUGGCGAGGAUGGGGCUCAGCACUGA